AUGGAGAGGUCUCAGAGCAAGCUCAGCCUCUCUGCGAGUUUUGAAGCUUUGGCAAUCUACUUCCCCUGCAUGAACUCCUUCGAUGAGGAUGAUGUUGAUGCAGAGGGUCGCAGGCUGAAGAGCAUCCAGCGCAGCACGGAGACAGGUCUCGCUGUGGAAAUGCCCAGCCGGACCAUCCGCCAGGCCAGCCACGAGUCCAUCGAAGACAGCAUGAACAGCUACGGCUCCGAGGGGAAUCUAAACUACAGUGGGAUGUGCCUGGCUUCUGACGCCCAGUUCAGUGACUUCCUCGAUGGAAUGGGGCCGGCGCAGUUCGUGGGCCGUCAGACGCUAGCGACGACGUCUUUGGGUGAUGUGGAGAUCGGUCUUGUGGAGAGAAAUGGGGCGCUGGAGGUAGAGGUGGUGCAGGCGCGAGGACUCACCAAGAAGCCCGGCUCCAAGUGUCCCCCAGCUGCUUAUAUAAAAGUCUACUUGUUGGAGAACGGGCAAUGUGUGGCCAAAAAGAAGACCAAGACGGUGCGGAAGAGCCUGGAUCCUCUGUACAACCAGGUCCUCGUUUUCAGCCAGAGCCCCCAAGGCAAAAUCAUGCAGGUGAUCGUGUGGGGCAACUAUGGCCGCAUGGACAGGAAGUGCUUCAUGGGCGUGGCUCGAAUCCUUUUGGAAGAGCUGGACCUGAGCUCCAUGACGAUCGGCUGGUACAAGCUGUUCCCUACCUCCUCGAUGGUGGAGCCCACACUGGCGCCGCUUAUACGUCAGUCCUCUUCACAGAUGUCUUUGGAAAGCAACAUUCCCUGCUGCGAAAGAUCCUAA